UUGUGAUUUUGGGUAUCUGGGGUGUUGUGUAUACUUGCAGAGUUGAGAAGAAGGAAAGUUAUGGCAGCUAGUUUGUUCAGUGGAGGUGCCGUUGGAGCUGUAAUACAAGAGGUGCUACACGAUGCUCUUAAAAUCAUAGACAAAGGUCGAGAUUUCAAGCCUACCCUUGAAAGGAACAAAGACACCUUGGAUGCUUUGACUCCUUUGGUGGAAGAGAUCAAACAAUACAGCAUGGAAUUGGAUCGUCCCAGAGAAGAGGUUGAAAGGUUGGAGAAUGAAAUGAAAGCAGGUAAAGAGCUUGUGAACAAGUGCUCAGAAUUUCGUUGGUGGAGGUUUCUUUCUUUUCCUCAGUACCGUGACAAGCUUAGGAAAAGGGAUAAGAAGCUUGGGAGGGUUUUAUCUCAGGAUAUGCAAGUUCAGAUGGUAAGGGAUUCGUUGGAGACACUGUCCAAGGUGAGAGAGAUUCUGGAGAUUCUUACUAAGGAGUAUGUUGUGCUGGGAAAUCAUGGGAAAGAGACACUGUUGAAGGGUCUAAGUGGGGCUCCUGAAAAUCCAGAAUUUACUGUGGGGUUGGAUGAGCCUUUGAAGAAGUUGAAGAUUGAGCUGCUCAAGGAUGGUGGUGUUUCUGUGUUGAUGUUGACUGGUUUGGCAGGAUCGGGAAAAAGCACAUUGGCCAAGAAGCUCUGCUGGGACGAUCAAGUCAAAGGCAAGUUCGGUGGGAACGUCUUCUUUGUGGCCGUGUCAAAAACACCCCAUUUGAAGACCAUUGUACAGACUUUAUUUGAACACUGUGGCCGCAGGUUGCCUGAGUUUCAAAGUGAUGAAGAUGCAACUAACCGGUUAGGACUUUUGCUGAGGCAAGUUGGUUUUGGGGGAAGUCCAAUAUUGUUGGUCCUGGAUGAUGUUUGGCCUGGGUCAGAAGUCCUUGUUGAGAAGUUUAAAUUCCAGAUAUCAAAUUACAAGAUUUUGGUUACUUCAAGAGUUGCAUUUCCUAGAUUUGGCAAUCCAUGCAACUUGAAGCCACUUAAUCAUGAUGAUGCAGUAUCCCUUUUCCGUCACUUUGCUCAACUGAAAUUAACCGGCCCAUACAUGUUGGAUGAAAAGCUUGUCCAAGAGAUAGUGAGAGGUUGUAAGGGUUCACCUUUGGCCCUUGAAGUCAUUGGUGGAUCUCUCUGUAAUCAGCCUUUAGAGAAAUGGCAAAUUAUGAAAGAACGGUUGAAAAGUCAAUCCAUUCUUAAGUCUAAUAAUGACUUAUUGAAUCGCCUCCAAAAUUGCUUGGAUAUAUUGGAAGACGAGUCCUCCAUCAAGGAGAAAGAGUGUUUCAUGGACCUAGGACUAUUUCCUGAAGACCAAAGGAUCCGUGUUCCUGCCCUGAUUGACAUGUGGGCUGAACUGCAUGAACGAGACGAGGAUGGCAAGAAAGCAAUGGACAUCAUCCAUAAUUUAACCAAUAAGAAUUUGGUUAAUGUCAUAGUUCGAAGGAAAAUUGCAACGGAUAGAGAUUUGUACUACAAUAACCACUUCCUCACACAGCAUGAUCUCCUUAGAGAGCUAGCAAUCCUUCAAAGCAGCAAAGAACCAUUUGAACAGAGGGAAAGAUUGAUGAUGGACUUGAGUGGAAAUAAUCAUCCUGAAUGGUGGGUAGGACAGAAUGAGCAAAGUAUCAUUUCUCGGGUAUUGUCAUCUUUCUUUCCCUUAAGGUGGAUGGGGCAGAAGCCACAACAGGUGGUUGCUCGCACAUUGUCUAUUUCAACUGAUGAAACAUUCACUUCAGAUUGGUGCAACAUACAACCUGAUCAAGCAGAGGUUCUGGUUUUGAAUAUUCAAUCUAGCAAGUACACCUUGCCGGGUUUCACUGACAGAAUGAGUAAACUUAAAGUUUUAAUAGUCACAAAUUACGGUUUCCAUCCUUCAGAGUUAAACAAAUUUGAGCUACUUGGUUGUUUGUCUGACCUUAAAAGAAUCAGGUUGGAGAAGGUUUCAGUUCCUUGUCUAUGUAAACUGAAGAGUCUGCAAAAAUUAUCCCUUCGUAUGUGUAAUACAAAGCAUGCUUUUGAAAGCAGUUCCAUCCAAAUUUCAGCAGCACUGCCAAAUCUGGUGGAGAUGAACAUUGACUAUUGCAAUGAUCUGGUAGAAUUGCCUGCUGAGGUUUGUAAAAUUACCACCUUGAAGAAGCUUAGCAUUACUAACUGUCACAAGCUAUCUGCACUGCCGCAAGAAAUUGGAGAACUUGAGAAUUUGGAAUUGCUAAGGCUUAGUUCCUGCUCUGAUUUGCUAGAGAUACCAGAAUCUGUUGGAAGACUUCAAAAACUGUGCUGUCUUGACAUCUCAGACUGUGUAAACCUUGCCCAAUUACCUGAGGACAUUGGUGAAUUGCAUAGUCUUGAGAAGCUCUAUAUGUGGGGUUGCUCUAGGAUGAGUAAGCUGCCAUACUCAGUCAUGAACUUUGGGGAUUUAAAGCAUCAAAUAUAUGUUAUCUGUGACGAAGAGGUGGCUGCUUUAUGGGAUCAUUUUUCUAAACUUCCAAAUCUGAAGAUAGAGUUGUCUAAAGCAGACAUUAGCUUAAAUUGGCUUCCCGGAGUUCAAUCCUGAGACUAGUUUCUUGAAGUUCUUAAGGUGGCUUGGAGUAAUUUGAAAGUUGUAUCACUGUUGGUCCUCUUGUUUUACCUCUCACCAAACAUCUUUUCCAUGUAAUAAUUGUGUAAAAAGCAGGAAUUGGUAUUUGAUGAUACUGUUAUUUUGGCAUGACCUUUUUUUUUUUUUCGUAAUAAAAAUAUGCAUGUUUUCUCA